GAGAAAGCACCGAUUAUUUGGUUUUUGUGUACUUUAUGAAAGCAUAGAUGGCUUCUAACUACUUCCUCUUGUUUCUUCUUGUUGCUGCUACUUUACUUUCUGAAGCAGAUGCUAAAAAGACGUUAUCUUCGGACUUCUACUCUAGCAGCUGCCCGGAACUCUUGCCUAUAGUGCAAAAAGAAGUUAUAAAAGCCAUUAAAAAUGAAACUCGCAUAGGAGCUUCCUUACUCCGAUUGCUUUUCCAUGACUGCUUUGUAAACGGCUGUGAUGCAUCAAUACUGUUGGAUGAUACAAGCAGUUUCGUAGGAGAGAAAACGGCAGCACCUAACAAUAAUUCAGCAAGAGGAUUCAAUGUGAUCGAUGACAUUAAAGCCAAGGUGGAGAAAGCAUGCCCAAGGGUUGUGUCCUGUGCUGAUAUUCUUGCUCUCGCUGCUCGAGACUCUGUUGUUUAUCUAGGGGGGCCAUCGUGGAAAGUAAGCUUGGGGAGAAGAGAUUCUAUCACAGCUAGCAGAGCUGAUGCCAAUAACUCCAUUCCUUCACCCUUACUCAAUCUAACCGCCCUCAAAACAAGUUUCUCUAACCAGGGGCUCUCUGUGAAGGACUUGGUAGCUCUUUCAGGUGGACAUACUAUUGGCCUUGCUAGAUGCUUAACAUUCCGAGGACACAUCUAUAAUGAUUCCGAUAUUGAUGCUUCAUUUGCCAAGUCUUUACAGAGCAAGUGUCCAAGAAGUGGAAAUGAUGAUUCACUCGCACCCCUUGACCUUCAAACUCCCACCCAUUUCGAUAAUCUAUACUUCAAGAAUUUACUGAAUAAAAAGGGUCUUAUCCAUUCGGACCAGGAGCUGUUCAACGGCGGUUCCACAGACAAACUGGUGAAAAAAUAUGCUAUUAAUACAGAUGCAUUUUUUAAAGCCUUUGCCAAGGGCAUGGCCAAAAUGAGUAAGAUCAAGACUCUCACAGGAAGCCAGGGACAGAUCAGAAUCAAUUGCAGAAAAGUCAAUUAAAAAUGAUGCAUCCUUCUUUCAAAAAUUAUGUAUUCUCUUCUGUCAAGCAACCUGGUUUAUCAUCAUUCAUCAAUAAACUACCUCGUUUUUUAUGUCUAUGUACAUUACUUUGCCAAGCUUUUCAUCUUCCCAGCUAUCAUGUUCGACCAGCAGAAUCUGUAAUGUAAUCUCCACGUUCAUCAAGAAGUCAGAUGAAAAUAUUCGCAUCAAUGCCAUUUGUUAAAUUUGUUUAAA